AUGGCCGAUCAAAGGAAACCAACCACCCCUGCCACUGGAAACGUUCCCACCACCACUGACAAGGCUUCUGCUAGACCACCACCACCUAGCCACACCCUCAUGAUCAAGGCUAUGCCAGAAAACACCCUAAAACCCUUCUCUGCUAGAGAUAGCAACAGCAUCGGCAAAGAGGUUGCGGUGCUUUCCAAGACCUCCGACCAGGCUAUCCCUGGGCAGAGGAGCGGGAAGGAGCUGUACAAGGAACUCGGCACUGCUGAAGAGAGGAAGGCAAUCGUCAUCGACCUGUCCAUGGCUAGGAACACCUCUCGGGGUCGGUUCCUAGCUGUGGGCGUCUUCCUCUCUGUGCUCGCCAUCACCUCGAGGAGCCUCAUCGACUCAAUGAAGAGGGUGUGGAAGAUCCGUGGCCACAUCGACACUCUCCAGCUGGCUGACAGGAGGUUCAUCCUUGAAUUCUCGGAGAAAGGCGACUUCCUCCACGUCGUCAAGGGAGGCCCGUGGAGGUAUCAGCAGGACGCUGUUCUGGUACAGCCUUUGCUUGAUGGCCAGGACCCUGAAACGGUACAGUUCCUUUCAGUUCCUAUUUGGGUUCAGUUCAGAAAGAUUCCUUUUUAUCUGUUAUCUAAGGCUCUAGCUAAAGAUCUCGGGUCGAGGGUUGGUGAAUUUAUUUGUAUUGACAAAAAUGCUAGAGGAGAUAUUUGUGAUAAGCUUAUCAGGGCCCGUGUUCAUCUGCCUCUUAACCAAGCCCUCCGAAGGUGGGUUCCUCUAUUGGAUGGUGUCACUAGGGAAGAAGUGAUUGCCAAUGUGCACUAUGAGAGGCUCCCUUCAUUCUGUUUUCUCUGUGGCUUCAUUGGCCACAGGGACGCGGAAUGCAGGUAG